UUCAAUGCACGAAGAAUGAGGGGAGUAAAGUGAAAAAGAGGAAAACAAACUUUGGUGAUCAGAACCCAAAACCCUAAUUUGGAGGCAGAAGAGGAAAUGGUGGUGAGGCUUCGAUUGGCGAGGUUGGGAUGCCGGAACCGGCCCUUUUACAGAGUUAUGGCCGCCGAUAGCAGGUCUCCCAGAGAUGGAAAGCAUAUCGAAGUUCUGGGUUACUAUAAUCCUUUGCCAGGUCAGGAUGGUGGUAAACGAAUGGGGCUUAAUUUCGAACGAGUGAAAUAUUGGCUCUCAGUUGGUGCACAGCCAUCGGAUCCAGUUCAACGUCUUUUAUUUAGAGCUGGGCUUCUACCACCGCCGCCCAUGGUUGCAAUGGGCCGGAAAGGUGGACCUCGUGACACCCGCCCAGUUGACCCGUUGUCUGGACGAGUCUUGACCCCCGAGCAACCAACCAAAACUAGUAAUGAAUCAGCUGAAGUUUAAGAAAAUAAAAUGUCAACUUCCCAAACUGUUGGUUUUUGAGACAUGCUAGUAGGGUUGGUUUUUACGGUUAAGUUAGAACUACUUGCAAUGGUUAUAAUGUGGUAAAUCUUUGAUGCUAUCAUGAUCUUAUUCUGUAGCAAAAAGUAUCAGUUUACCGUUUUUCUCAAGUGUUUUGAGACCUCAGGGGGUUUUUGGGAUUGCUUAUUUAAACAACGUAUCUACUUAUUAUGUUUUUAUAAAACAUAUUUAGUACUUUUGAGUGGUUGGAACU